AUGCAGGAUAGCUGGAUCACUUCCCAGUCCACCAUUACUUUGAAGAAGUUCCGGGACAUUGGCAUAGAAGAUGGCUGGAAGUAUGUCCCGACUGUUGAGGAACUGGGACCACCAUACUUCAAGACAGUGGAGAUUCCCGAGAAGAACAUCCUGCUGUCCAUAGUCACCGAUACGACUCUCUACGCGAAACACAACAAUCUGGAGUACAAGAAACAGCCUCUCAUAAAGCGGAAGUUUAAGUUCUUGGGGAAGGGGCGGAAGGUGGAGAAGGUGGAGGAGAAGGGCAGGUGGAAGGACGACAAGGACAAAGUCAGGUGGAGGCUGGUGGGCGAGAAGAAGGUUCCGGAGGUGAGGCGGAAAAUCACAUGGCAGGUGGUGCACAAGAGGCAGCCAGAGAAGAAGCAGGAUGAAGAGCAGGAGACAGAUCUGGAGACAGAACUGGACACAGACCUGGACACAGACCUGGAGACAGGCCUGGAGAAAGAGCAGGAAGAGGACCACAAAAAAGACGAUCAUGAGCUGCAGGACAUGCUGUUGGAGACCAGUGAAGAGGAAACCGAGUCUGAUCCUGAUCCACUGGACAGAGCACUGUCCGAUUCCGACAACCCAUCCAUGUCAGUAUCAUCGGACGAAUGCGAUCCCCUGGACCCGAUCAGUUCCUUCGACGUUAAUCAGCUUCUGGACUACCUAGAUAGACCAGAUCCCGAGAAGAAAAGCAACAAGGAUGAGGACGUGGAGGAGGAAAGCAAUAACAAAGAGUUCAUAGAAGAUCAUGAGCUCUACGGCAUGAUCCUGGAGUCCAGCGAGGAGGAGUCCGAUCCCAGGGAUCAGAUCAGAUCAGUUUCCGAAGACUCGGAUGCUCCUUCCAUGACUGUAUCCGACGACGACAAGUACGAUCCCCUCGAACCGGAAAUAAUACUGGAGGAAGUCCCACCACCCAAACCGGAACCCGAGCCGAAAGAACCCCCAGAAACGGAAGAGAAGAUCUCUGUUCUCCAGGAGAAGAUUGCCCAAUUACGCAACAGAAUUAAUGUAAAUAUGAAUCAGUAUUUUAAAUAA